CGCCCCGCAACCGCCGCGCCGUCCCGAGGGCGCCAUGAGGGGCCCGCGCUGCGCCCCGCUGCUCCUGCUGCUGCUGCUGCCGCCGCUGCUGCUCACGCCCCCCGCCGGGGACGCCGCCGUCAUCACAGGGGCCUGCGACAAGGACCCCCAGUGUGGUGGAGGCAUGUGCUGUGCUGUUAGUAUCUGGGUUAAGAGCAUAAGGAUUUGCACACCUAUGGGCAAAGUGGGAGACAGCUGCCAUCCGCUGACUCGUAAAGUUCCAUUUUUUGGGCGGAGAAUGCAUCACACAUGUCCAUGUAUGCCGGGCUUAGCCUGUUUACGGACUUCAUUUAAUCGAUUUAUUUGUUUAGCCCGAAAGUAAUCACUUGAGAGCAGAAACUUUAAAUGUGAACAGCCACAUGAUGUCUCUAAAGUCUAUUUACUUGUGAUUGUGCCAAACAAAUAAUAUGCCAGAAAGAAAUGCUGUUGCUUCCUCAACUAUCCAAGUAACAUUUCUAUCUUUGAUGUUUAAAUGAUGUUUUUUUUUUUUAUUGAAAGAGGAUUUUAAUUUUGGAUACAAAUGUAAAGUGCAAGGCAUUAUGGAACCAGUUCUCAUUUCCCUGUUUAUGUUUUGGUUUGGCUUGGCUCUUUAGAUGCCAAAAACUCACCCAUUUUCACAGAAAUGAGGAGAGUAAGAAUUUGAUCUUUUGUUACAGAAACGUUUUUUUCUUAAAUUCCCUUUCCCCAGCCCUGCCCAUCACACACACACACACACACACACACACGUACGCACACAGACACACACACCCUCAGGUCUCUUUUCUCUCCUCAAAGAAUUUUAAGGCUCUCACGUUAUUCUUCACCAUUUCCCUCACCAGCCCUCUAGCAUUUUAAAGUGGGGAACAGGGUCAUUCCAUAUUCUCUAACUUGCUGGCAGAGUCAGUGUUAAGAAUCAAGCUUUUUGCCUAAUACUUAAACAGUGAAGGAUGUGUAGUUGAACUAGACACUCCAGACUUCUCUAGACAGAGUAGAGGUUGGGGUGCUUCCAAGCUUUCAUGGACCUAUUCAUGCAACAUGACUUCAGGUCAGCUGUGUGGCAGGUGUGAGUAAGUCCAGAGGGAAAUGGAAAGUCAAUUUAGUCCCUAUUUCUAGAUUUGGGUUGUUUUUUUUUUAAGGUUCUCCAAUACAACAUUACAUUUAUUUCUCUUUUUAUGAAGUUUACUUUUUUUAAGUCUCACAGUUAGAGAUGUUCCAGAAAAUGUCACUUGAAGAGGGAUUGAUUUUAAUCUGGCAUACCACUUGUUACCAUUUUAAAAUCGGUAUGAAGUUGUAAUUUAAACUCCCAUUUGUAACCAGAAGUUCUCUUAUAAUGGAUUACCUGACAUCCUGCCAUGUGUACCUAUAUCAAUAUUGCUGUGUAAAAAUUCUGUAUCAGAAUAAUGACAGUAUUGUAUAUCAUUUGAUUUAUUUUAAUAUUAUAUCCUUAUUUUUGUCACAGUUGUCAGUUUUUAUUACAAGCAGAUUUCUAUUAGCUCACGUUCUGAAAUGGGUAACGCCCCCAAAGUUGGUAAAAUAGCACUUAACAGUAUGUUCUUGUGUUCACUUUACAUACAGGAAAGUUCUGUUUGCAUGAAUUUUAAGGUAGUACAAAAAAAAACAAUGUGUAAAUCAGUGAGGUUUUGGAACACGAAGGAAAAUUGUGAUGUGCAAAACUGGUUGUAAUCAGGAAUGGACUCCUGGGAUUUCACUGUAUUGAUUCAGCAAGUAGUGAUAAAGCGUUUCUCACAAGCAGUUAGGCAGGAUGCUAGGUGCUAGCCAUACGGUGAUGCCUGGCCUGGCCCUGAGAAACCCACCAAGUAUUGUAAAUGGAAUCAACGUCGCAAAUAAACAACUUAUGAAAUGUG